CGCUUCCAUAUUUGGUAUAACCAUGGAGUGUUGUUGGCAUUUGUUUAAAUGAGUUUUCUGUCAGCUGUUGUGUUCGAUCAGCUGUCAUUUAUGGAAUACAGAAAACAUUGUGAGAAAAAAUUGGGCAGGCACUUUGUAUUAUUAUGAAAAAUAAUUGGAUAGAACACAGGUGUAUUAGAAUAUUAUUCUAUAAUUAAAAUAUUAUUUUGGAAGUGUGUGAUAUGACUGGGAAUUUUAGACUUAUCUGUACGGUUGUGUUCUGCCACUCCGAAGAUUAUCGGAGGUUUUUCUUAUGACCAAUUUUCGCCAAUACAUUAAGAAAGGAAUAACGUAAUUAAAUAUGAAUGAAGAAAAUAGUGAACCUACAAAUUCCUACCUAUCCAACAUUCCAGUUGAGAUAUUGCUUCACAUUUGCUCAUUUUUGGAUGCAAGAACCAUCAUAUGCACCCUCAGCUUGGUAUGCAAGAGAUUCCAUGAAAUAGUUUCUGAUGAAAAUAUCUGGAGGUCCCGGAUAGCGAAAAAGUGUCGAGGAUCUGUCUACCCUGCCAUACCAGAGAAUGCUGACGUGAACUUUAGAAAUGCAUGCAUAGAGCUGGAGGAAGAGUUUGAUUUGUGGAGCCAUUAUGAAACCAAGACACGUUCAAUCUCGCUGGCUGAUGUUCAUUAUGCAGCGGUAGAUGCAGUUUUACUUUUGAAGGAGGGGUCUCUGUGCGUGUCGGGGGCGCGUGACCGCAGCCUGGUGGUGUGGCGGCUGCCCCCGCGGGACGAGGAGGGGCCCCCGAGCUCGGCGACCAAGGCGGCCGCCCACGAGGGCUGGAUCUGGCAGCUGGUGUCCCCCGGCGAGGAGGCCCUGUACUCGGCGUCCUGGGACCACACGGUCAAGCUCUGGGACCUGGGGCCCUCCCUGGUCAACGUCUCCACUUUCAGGGUGAAGUGCUCCGUGCUGUCGGUGGCGUGCUGCGCGGGGGGCCAGGUGGCGGCCGGCACGUACACGGGCCACGUGCACCUGUUCGACCCCCGCGCGGGCUGCCGGGAGACGCGGGUGUACCGCAGCCACGCGGGCGCGGCGCUGGCGCUGGCGGGCCUGGGGCACCUGGUCGUGUCAGCCGGCGAGGACGGCACCGUGGCCGUGUUCGACCAGCGCGCGGGCCGGGUCCACAGGCGCGGCAUCGCGCUGGGGUGCCCGCCCGGCCUCGAGACACCUGUGAAUGCGUACCCAUUGUCACUGUCUCUAUCGGAGCAUUACCUCUAUGUUGGUGACAGCAAAGGAUACUUGCAUUUGAUAAAUCCGUCAAAAGGGAGCUUUGAAUUCGUCAAGGUGUUUGACGUGGGCCACACCAACGGCCUGACGGGGAUCCACCACGGGGCGGGCAGCCUCAUCACCAGCUCCGUCGACGGCUCCGUGCGGAUGUUCGCGCCGACGGACGCCCCGAAGCCGGUCAGCGUGUACAGCCCGAACCACGGCGAAUUCACGUCGCUCUCGUACCAGAACAAGACGCUGGCCCUCGCUAACACAAACUGCUCCAUCGAUGUGCUGCAGCAAUGUAGCUCCUAACCAAAGUGCCUGGCAGUAUCAACCAACACUUAACUCGACUGAACUCUACUGUACUUAACUCGCACAAGUUUAUCACAUGCUGGACGCUUGCUGUUUUUUGUGUAAUUUUAUACUGCCGCUGCUAAUUUUAUGUAGCUUCAGUUUUGUUAUAACAUUUUUUUAUAAAGUAUUUUUUAGUCUGCUCGUUGAGAUGAUAUUAUCUGUUAUUUUAACAUAAUUUAAUAUUUUAUUUAAAUAUUUAAAAAAAAUAUAUGUAUAGGUAUAUAAUUUAUGUAUUUUCUAUGUCAGCUGUAUGUCAACUGUUGUUGAAAAGAUUUAAAACUUUUUCAUAGAAUGUACCUUAUUCAUUCCCUGUUGUCUAAAUAUCAAUGUACUGUUAAGUUAUUCAACACAUGCAGUCAGCUCUAAUGACCUUGAUGUUGAAGACAUGUUAUUACAUUCAAAUGCCUUUAUUUUUUAUCUAGUAUAAAUUCUUUGAAUGUUUUACUACUAUAUAAGCACCACAAUUUGUAUUCUGUAUCAAAUUUUCUCUCUCGUCAUACCUGCUGUUUGUAGAAGGUCAGUCAUUGCUUACAAUUUUUGCCUGACUAAUUGUCAUCACUUACUCAAAGUUCAUUUUCUGGGUUUCUACAGUUGGGCAACAGAAUCUGAAUUGCUUCUAUGAUCUCAACUUUGAAAUUUUUCCUUUAUAUAAUCUGCAAUUUACAAAAAAAAGAAAUAAAAUAGCAUGUCGUGUGAAAUUCCUUAAGUGCAAAAUUCGAAAACUUGACAUUUAUAAGUUUCUUGAAACUAACAUUAUAAUAUAUUAUGUGAUAACUGAGGUCCACACGUCUAGCUUAUUUCGAGGAGUGUAUGCAGAAUUUCAUUUCGUUGUGGGAGGGUAGGUAGGGGGGCGGGGGAGUGUAGCUUUCUGUGCUGAUUGCUUUCAAAUUCUGUCCAUUCAUUGGUAGACAUGACAGAUUUUGUCGGAUUUGGGGGAGGGGUGUGAUCAUAUACCCUCUAUCACCCCCUGUGUAAGCCCCUUCCCCCCCCCCCCUCCCCCCGGUCACAUUAUCGUAUUUUUUUUUACGUUUUAAUCAUUAAGGGAAUUGAUUUAGACACUGGUAUUUCUGCUGAAAACAAAGAAUACAAAAAAAAAUUUGCCACAUAAAAAAUUAAGUAUGGUAAUUUUAUUUUAUUUUGUGGGAAAAAAAAUUUGUAAUUAUUAUUGUGCUUUGUGCCUUAAUGUGUAUCAUUCUGUUCCUCCUUCCCUCCGAGGACGGGCGCUCUGGUUUGCCAAGGCAGGAGAAGUUUGUUGCCGAGAUCCGAAAAUGAUUAUGAUGGCGGUGACUGCCUCGGAUGUUCUCAGUUGUGCCCCACAGCUCAGCAAGUGCAUCAGCCAGUGAGCUCCGGGGUGUGUGUGUGUGUGUGUGACACACAGCCCUGUUUACAUCCGAAAGAAGCUACGCAUGAUGAACGUACUUAGUGGGCAGUUGGGUUUCCGGAGAGACCAUGUAUUACUGGAGACGAGAUUUUAUAGUUUUAUUUUCAGGCCAAUUUCAUUAAAAAAAAAAAAAGUGUUAAUAGUUUUUAUUUUUUAUGUAUAUACUAGUUAUUCAUAAAUAUAGCACCAUUUUUAACAAAUUAAUAUAAUACUUACAUGUUCAAUGAUACUUAUUAGACCAAAACAGAGUUAUUUUGACUGAUACAUGAUGCACUUUACAAUAUAAUAAUUAGUAAUAAAGCAUGUCUAACUACUGGGAACAGUAAAAAUAAAUGAGCACGUAUACAUGCAUUUGAAAAAUGUAAUGAAUGUCAUUAUGUAAAAAAUUAGUUACUAAUAACAGGUACA